AGUUGAGGUUAAAUUUGAAAUUUUGACGAUGAUUAUUGUGAUCUGACGAUUUUUGAAUAAUAUAAGAUUAUCAUAUUGUGUUGAAUACGUAUUAGUAUUUCCUAGUUACUCAUAAUAAGUUUCAGAAUUUGAUAGUGUUUUAGUUCCUGUUAAUCCUGUUUGAUAUGGGCGAGGUACUGAAAGAACUACGUGAAAAAUCUCGCAAAAGAAAGUUGUUGCUUGCUCAAACGCUCGGUGUCUCAGGAGCUGACGAAUUGAGACACGUUUUAGGAACAGCUGAGGUUGUUGAAAAAUCAAAUACUAAAGAGCCAUUGAUUGAUCAAGACAACGAGAAAAAAGACAAUUCAGAUGAAUUGGUCUAUAAAGACUCAUCCAUGUUCUUAAAGGGCACCCAAUCAUCAAACCCUCAUAAUGAUUACUGUCAGCAUUUUGUAGAUACAGGUCAAAGGCCGCAAAAUUUCAUUCGUGAUGUAGGACUAGCUGACAGGUUUGAAGAGUACCCAAAGCUAAGGGAACUGAUCAAACUGAAAGAUGAACUGAUCCAGGAAACAGCCACUCCCCCAAUGUAUUUGAAAUGUGACCUAUCAACUUAUGAUUUGAAAAACCUCAAUAGUAAAUUUGAUGUUAUACUUAUAGAGCCCCCUUUGGAAGAGUACCAAAGAACCAUGGGGGCAACAAAUAUGCAGUUCUGGACCUGGGACCAGAUCAUGAGUUUGGAUGUUGGAGAGGUGGCUGCUCAGCGCAGUUUUGUGUUUCUUUGGUGUGGCAGUUCUGAGGGGCUGGAUAUGGGUAGAGUUUGCCUGAGGAAAUGGGGAUUCAGGAGAUGUGAAGACAUCUGUUGGAUCCGGACGAACAUAAAGAAUCCCGGUCAUUCGAAGAACCUCGAUCCCAAGGCCGUCUUCCAGAGGACGAAGGAGCACUGCCUCAUGGGCAUCAAGGGCACCGUGCGUCGGUCCACCGACGGAGACUUCAUCCAUGCCAACGUCGACAUCGAUCUGAUCAUAUCCGAGGAGAACGAGUACGGCAGCUUGGAGAAACCGGUCGAAAUUUUCCAUAUCAUCGAGCAUUUCUGCUUGGGUAGACGGAGACUGCACGUCUUCGGCAGAGACAGCACCAUCCGGCCAGGUUGGCUCACCAUCGGCCCCGAACCGACCAACUCCAACUUCAACGCUGACUUGUACGCCGGCUACUUCGCCCCCACCACUGUCACUACAGGGUGUUCGGAGCGCAUCGAGGCGCUCAGACCGAAGAGUCCGCCGCCCAAGGGCAAGGGCAGCGCGGGCGGCCGGGGCAGAAGCAAUUUUCAAAGAGGCAGAGGGCGAGGACGGUAAAACGUUUUGAAAUUUCGUUGGGGCGGGUUUAUACGCUGGGACAGUGUUUUCUCUUUUCAUUGGGCGGUUUAUCGAGGUCAUAUAGAGGCGAUUCAAACAGUAUAAAGGUGACUUCAUAAAAACUUUUAGCAUUUCAACACUCUCAAGGCCCAAGAGACUAGACAGGAUAAGUGGAUUCUGUUAUGAAAGAAAAUUAGAUUCUAAGGGGAUAAAUGUUCUAUGUCUAUGUCAUAACUGAUAUUUGUGAAACAGUGAGGUAGAGCAUGGGGACGAAAGAACACUUUCAAGGUUCGUUGGGGCACAUUCUCUUCUCAUUGGGCGGUUCAUUGCUUGAAUGAAACGUACUGUUCCCAAGAACAAGUGUCAAAUUUGCUUGAGAUCCUCUAGAGACCCUUUUUUUUAAUAUGUAACCGAAGUUCAAUAACAAAUAUCCCACUAUCUUCAUUUUGGACUAAAACAGAAAAGUAAACCAGUGUUUUACCACCACUGUUACCCAUAUUGCUGUGCAUGAUGAUAUAACAACAACAUUUCGUCAAUAUUUUUCAAACAAACCGAGCUUCCAGGGCCACUUUAUAAACAACUUCAAGACAUAAUAUCUAUCACUUAACAUUUAAAACUUAUCAGUUAAAACCAUA